GUGAUCAAGACAAGCCUAUACUCUCUGCUUGGCCAAGCCAUGUUGUUCCUCAGGGACAUCAUGUGGAAUUUCAGUGUAACUAUCAUAGUGACUAUGACAUAUUCAAGUUGUACAAAGAACAUGGUAAUCCUAUUCCUCAGAUGCAUGGAAGCUCAUCCACAGGGAAAUUUGUCUUGGGUCCUGUGACACCAGAAUAUGCAGGAACAUACAGAUGCUAUGGUUUUAAUUAUCAAUCCCCUGAUGUAACUUCAGCACACAGUGACCCUCUGAAGAUCAUAAUUUCAGGAAUCUACAGGAAGCCUUUCCUUUUGGCCUUACAAACUCCCCUGGUGAAUUUAGGAGAGAAGGUGAUACUGGAGUGUCGAUCAGAGAUUAUGUUUGAAACUUUCACUUUUACUUCACACAAAAAAGGAAUAAUCAAGGACUCUCUCCAGAUUUCUGCUGAAAAUCGUCUUGGGAGGUCCCAGGCUAACUUCAAAAUAGGUCCUGUGACACCUGAACAUGCUGGGACUUACACAUGCUAUGGUUCUUACAAUCCCUCACCAUAUGCAUGGUCUGAAUCCAGUGACCCCAUUGACAUAAAGAUCACAGGUUUAUAUAAGAAACCUUCUCUGUCAGCCCUGAUGGGCCCUGAGGUGAUAUCAGGGGAGAACAUGACCUUGUCCUGCAUCUCUGACCAUCAGUUUGACAUGUUCCAUCUGUCCAGAGAAGGGGUGCCUCUGGGGCAGGGGCUGCCUGCAGUGCAGAGUCACAAUAGGACAUUCCAAGCCAACUUCCUUCUUGGUCCUGUAAUCCGGAAAGGCAACUAUAGAUGCUAUGGCUCUUUCAGUAACUCUUCCCAUGUGUGGUCAUCCCCAAGUGACCCAUGGUACCUUCCUGUCACAGGAGUCUAUGCUAAACCAAGCCUGUCUGUUUGGCCCGGCCCUGCUGUGACCUCAGGAGAGACCAUAACCAUGCAGUGUAGCUCAUCGCUGGGAUUCAGCAGAUUUAUUCUGACCCAGGAAGGAAAGCAACAACUCCAAUGGAUCCUGGACUCACAGCAAAGUGCCAAUAGGGAGUUUCAAGCUCAUUUUGUUCUGGACCCUGUGACCACCAUCCACAAUGGUACAUUCAGAUGCUAUGGCUAUUAUAAGAACCAUCCCCAGUUGUCAUCAAAAUCAAGUGACCCCCUUCACCUCUUGGUCUCAG